AACCUCUUAAUUUGUUGUUCUUCACGUGUGACAUGCUGUAGUGUAAAUAACUUAGUAAAAUGGGUAAAAAGGAGCAUAAUUUAAAAAGAAAAGCACAAGAAGAUCCCAAAAAGGUCGAACCGGUGGAAGACAAUGACUCGGAAGAGGAGGACUUUUUAACUGAAGUAAACGGUGACAACGACAGUUCAGAUUCAGAACGUGAAAUAGAAGAGUCGGAAGACGAAAACGACGAUCAAUUUUACGGAUCAAGUGACGGGGAGGAAGGAACAGACAAUGAUGAAGACAGUGAUGAGGAAGGUGAGAAGGACAGCGAAGAAGAAAAUGAUGAAGAAGAAAGUGAUAGUAUUGAAGGAGAUGAGGAGGAGGAGGAGGAGGAGGAGGAGGAAGCAGAAAGUGAAAAUGAAUUUCACAAUACAGAAAAAGAAAUAACAAAUGGAAACGGUUCCAAUCAUGAUGAGUAUGCUGAAAAUGACACAUCAGAUGAAGAGGACAUAAGGAAUACAGUAGGCAAUAUUCCCAUGAAUUGGUAUGAUGAAUACAAACAUUUAGGAUAUGACUGGGAUGGUAACAAAAUAAUAAAACCACAAAAGGGUGAUCAGUUGGAUGAGUUCUUGAAAAGAAUGGAGGAUCCUGACUUCUGGAGAACUGUAAAAGACCCACAAACAGGACAGGACGUCGUAUUGAGCGAGGAAGAUAUUAAAUUAAUCAAACGAGUGCGAGCCCAACAAAUUCCAGACGUUAAUUUCGAUGAAUAUGCGCCAUGGAUCGAAUGGUUCACAAAUCAAGUGGAACAGAUGCCGAUCCGCAAAUUCCCCGAACACAAACGUUCCUUUUUGCCCAGCAAAUCUGAAGCAAAACAGGUGUCAAAACUUGUGCAUGCCUUGAAAAUGGGCUGGAUCAAAACUCGUGAAGAACAGGCGAAGCUGAGGGCCAAGAAAGAGCCCCAGUUUUACAUGCUGUGGGAGACGGACGAUCAGGCAGAGGAGAUGAGACGAAUCCACAAACACAUACAGGCGCCAAAACGUUUAUUGCCUGGCCACGCGGAAAGCUACAACCCUCCGCCCGAGUAUCUGUUCGAUGCGAAGGAACUAAAAGAAUGGAACAAGUUGAAGAAUGCGCCGUGGAAGAGGAAGCUGCACUUCGUGCCGCAGAAGUUCGAGUCCUUACGCAAGGUGCCCGCCUAUCCUCGGUACAUAAAGGAACGGUUUUUGAGAUGCCUGGACCUGUACUUGUGCCCGAGGGCGAUUAAGAUGAAGCUGAACAUCGAACCCGAGAGUCUGGUACCCAAGCUGCCGAGUCCCAAAGAUCUGCAACCGUUCCCCACCACUCUAGCGAUCGAGUACAAGGGACACACGGACAUGGUCCGUACUAUAAGUACGGAUAAAACCGGACAGUACUUGUUAAGCGGCUCCGAUGAUUUUACCGUCAAAAUUUGGGAAAUAAACACCGGCAGGUGCUUGCGUACCGUCAAAACCGAUGGAAUUGUUCGCUCAGUGGAGUGGUGUCCUAAUUCCGCCUUGUCAUUGGUGCUGGUGGCGUCCGCCAAUCGAGUGCUGUUGAUCAAUCCGAAAGUAGGCGACACUUUGGUCGUGUCCAAGACGGACGACGUUCUAAAGGAGUCGCCCAACUCGGACGUUGUUGUGAGCGAACGGAUCAGAACGACGGUCGAAUGGUCAGAACCGGACGAAGAACAGUACGAAAGAGGCUACAGAAUCGUCUUGAAACACUUCAAGGAGGUGACGCAAGUAACGUGGCACGGAAAAGGUGAUUAUUUCGCCUCCGUAAUGCCCGACGGGGCCAACAGAUCGGUUCUCAUCUCGCAAAUAUCGCGUAGGCGUUCGCAGAUACCUUUCGCAAAGUCCAAGGGGUUAAUACAGAACGUUCUGUUCCAUCCAACUAAGCCGUUCUUAUUCGUUGCCACGCAACGACACGUCAGGAUUUACGAUCUGGUCAAGCAAACGUUGAUGAAAAAAUUAAUGACCAAUUCCAAAUGGAUUUCGACCAUGGCUAUCCACCCGGGCGGCGAUAAUUUACUGGUGGGCACCUAUGACAGGAAAAUGCUCUGGUUCGAUCUAGAUUUAAGCACAAAACCAUACCAGACUUUGAGGUUGCACGGUACAGCGGUCAGAGGAGUGGCCUUCCAUAAACGAUAUCCGUUGUUUGCCUCUGGUUCGGACGACAGGAGUCUGAUUAUUUCUCACGGGAUGGUGUAUAACGAUUUGAUGCAAAAUCCUCUAAUUGUGCCUCUGAAAAGAUUGCAAAACCACGAACAGUUCAAUGAUUUUGGUAUUUUCGCCGUGCAUUUCCAUCCCUGGCAGCCGUGGGUGUUUUCUUCGGGAGCCGACAGCACCAUCAAACUUUACAGCAAUUAAUCUUAUUUGUUAUUUUAAUAAUAAAAUUUACUUAUCGAAAA